AAGGGAGACGUCAGCCCCAGGACAGUGGAGCGGGAGGAGAGGAGGACGCUUCUUCACCGGGCUGAACAUGGAGCGAGACAGAGUCUGUACCAUGAAGGUCUACAUGACUCAACUGGUGCCCUUUCUACUCCUCCUCAUUAUCCCUGAUGGCAUCUUGUCCAGCCACUGCCCAAAGGACUGCUCCUGCUCCACACCAGAGUCCAUCUUGUGUUUUCAGAGACGUUCCUCUACAAUUCCCAAAGGAGUGCCCUCAUACACAAAAAGUCUCUAUCUCUUUGCCAAUGGCAUUGAAGGCUUGACAUCUGAGGACUUUGAUGGUAUGGAGAACCUGGAAAUGCUCGACCUCAGUCAAAAUAAACUGACUGAAAUUCCUGAUAGGGUGUUUGAACCUUUGACCUCUUUGAGAAACCUGGAUCUGUCAUCCAACCAGAUCACCCACAUUUCAGAGGAAUGCUUCCAGGGUAUGGUACUGCUUGAGCGUCUUUAUUUGUAUAGUAACCUUAUCAAGACCAUUCACCCUGCAGCUUUUAACAGCUUGCAGCACCUGCUGGAACUCAAAAUACAGGGCAACCAGUUGACAUCCCUGCCUGCUCUCUCAAUGCCCCAUCUGCUGCUGCUGGACCUUCGCUUUAACGUCUUACAAACCUUGGGUCCCUCAGACCUCCAGACCCCAAACCUGGAGUCACUCAAGCUGGGUGGUGUGGGGCUCACCAGCCUGGAUAAGGAUCUCAUUAGUAGUCUGAAGAACCUCCAUGAACUGGACAUUUCAGGAAACCAAAUUGACUCCUUCCCCGCAGUGCUAAAGGAGACCAAAGGACUGAUUCACCUCAGUCUGGCACAGAACCCGAUGGGUCCUCUUAAAGUUCAGGACCUGCAGAACCUUGGCGAGCUUCAGGAGUUGGACAUCAGCAGCCUGAGUGUGCAGGGUCUCCCUGAAGAGUUCUCCCAGCUCUUCCCCCACCUCAGAAAGCUUACAGUGGCAGAGAACCCCUUCAACUGCCUUUGUGACUUAGCGUGGUUCCCAAAAUGGCUUCGAGCCCAGAGCAUCACCCUUGAGAGAACAGAGGACACCCGCUGCCAUUUCCCACCUAUCAAUGCCGGGAAGGUAUUGGAGAGACUGGACCACAGGGAUUUUGGCUGUCCUACCACAACUACAGUCCCCACUAGUACCGUCAAAACUACUACGAUCCAGCCUUCAAUCGUCACCACCUUUCCAAGUACUACUGAAGCUGUUCUAAUCCCUAGGGCUAGUGAUGAACCCACAGACGAUGAUUAUGACCCUCCCCUGCCCCCUGUUCCUGCAUCCCCCAGCAGCAGCAGCAGGGACCCAGGAGAGGAUCCGCAUUUUUGUCCUUCUAACACCUGUCUGAAUGGGGGUACUUGUCGUAUAGACCAACAUGGUCAGGUAGAAUGUACCUGUCCACAUGGCACUUCUGGUUUGUAUUGUGAAGUCAAAAACUACCACCCACUGUCACCACCUGAAGCUGGAAUCCCCAUGGCAACUGUGAGUGCAGAUGAAGCAGACAUUAGCUCACAUGAUGUAACAGCAACUUCAAUCCUGUUGGACCUUCACCGCUACAUUGAAAUGCGUCCUUACAUCCGUGGAAUUCGCCUAACCUACAGCAAUCUCUCUGGACCAGACCGCAGGCCAAUUCAACUCAGCCUGCCUGCAUCCUUCCCGGAGUACAGACUCAGAGGCCUGAGGCCCAACUCCACCUACAGUGUUUGUGCCAGUCCACUAGGUGCACCUAGUGGCAUAGACAGUGUGUGCACUGAGGCCCAUACAGCCCCUGAAAUCAUCAGCAGCCCUGAUGCACGGAUUACUGACCCGAGACUGACUACUAUGGUUGUGCCUGCAGUUGCCAUCUUGCUAUUGCUGGUACUGAUAGCAGUAGCACUGGGAGUAGUAUGCUAUCUUCGUAGAAAGAGGGCCAAGGGCCACAUGGAGCUAGACUGUGAGCCUUCCCAGCUGCAGUUGGAUGGAGUUAAGGCUGGUUUGGACAAUGGGGCACUGCCUCAAAAACAGCCCCAAAUUAUGAUCCCUGAACCUGCUGUUCAAAAUGGAAAUCUGGAAUAUGAGGUGUUGCUACUACAGGAUCACUGUACAUCAAAUAACAAUAUGUCCUCACACAAGCCUUCCUACUUUUGACUUGUGGCUUUGACUACUCUAACUUAAAGGAGAUUUUCAUUCUUCAGCUCUGUUUUCCCCCUGGUGAAACACAGAGAGCAGCAAAUGUGCAGGACACAGUAAGCCAACCAGCAGAGGAGAAACUGGACAUAUAUUUAACUCAAUGCUUUCUGUUUGUCUAAGUAGACAAUAAACAAAUUCAAAAACAUUUUUGGACAUCAAAGCAUUGAAAUUGCCUCUACUCCAUUUACAUGCUGCAUUCUGCUUCAAUGGUUUUUCUUCAAUCGCACUGCUGGACUGGCCACCUCUCAGCUUUCAAGCUAUGGUGCUAGAACUGAUGAUGUGCUGUCUUUGGAUGAAAACUUGGGUUAAGGGACAUAAUGACCCCAUGCCCUCCAUGUUAUUCAAAAGGGAGUGUGCACUGAAAUGGGUUUUUGUUGCCUUCUCCCCAUAACAAUCGUCCAGCUAAGCACCAUCAACAAUUCUUUCUGCUGCAUGUUGUAACUCCUCAGUACUACCACAAAGAGAUCAGUGCUUGCUGUGAAUGACCUUUCAGACCAAGUUAAGAUGUGCAGAGUAAAUAGCUGGCGCUUGUUACUUUAUUCGGCUCUAAAACCUUUGGUUUUGUUGUAUGUAUUUUUUUUAUACCUGUGUCUUUGUUGUAUUUUUGAUUGUGCAACAUUGUGUUAACAUCCCUUCAUAUCCUCAACCCCCACCUCUUGUGACUAACAGACAAAACAGCAGAUUAAAAUCUUUGAAGAUUAAAACGCGUUUGGUACCAGCAAAGUCAAUCAAAGGGCUUUGCCCCAGAAUGUCAGACAGUCUAAGUAGAUGUGAGUCUGGACAGACUCAAGACUAAAUCCCCCUUCCCCAUUCUGAAGCCCUCAGCCUGCUUCACCACCACAAAGGGAGAAGGGAAGCAGGAUUACAAAAGGUACACACCGGGAAGCAGUUGACUGAACCCAUUCUGUUUCACUGUUGCACUGAAUCCUACCUAUAGUUUAAAACUCACGUCAAUUACAGUUAACACUCGUGCAACAACACCACAGGAAAAGAUAACUUAAAAGACUUUAUUUAUUCUUUAUAUUCCCUUCAAGGGAAACUCAGUUUUUUCACCCUCAACCACAAUUAACGUACAACAUAGUAUUCGACCUGACCCACAACAAGCAAAGCAAGUGGUGGUUGUGUACUGUGUUGCUCUUGGUUAAAAAUAUCCUGCUUGGCAUAAUGCUGUGCACAAUUUCUCCUUUGCAAGAAGAGUCCCAGUUUUGCUUCCUUGCACCUAACCAGACUAUGAAAAGGCCAGAGGCACAACAGAGUGUUUAUAUUGCUGUGUAGAAGACAAUGAGACUUGCAAAGGGGAAGAAGAGAGUGUGUUGAUCUGAUAACAUCUGUGAUAAUUCGGGUACAUGUUGGGGCUUGUGCAAAGACCUGCAGACAUCAGGUUACUUUCAGUCACCCCGUUUAUGAGCCUGCAUGCCAAGGAGUACUUUAAGCUCUGAACAACUCUGCCUAUAGACAAACACACCAAAGACACAUCUGUGAAUGUCUAUUAAGAUACUGUUGUAGUAUUUCCCCUGCCAGGAGUUUGGUGCUAACCAGGUGCCUUGGGAAUCCACACAAGAAACAAUCAGCCAAUGCAACUGGAAUAUUUGUCUGUAAUAUAGAAUACAUUGAAGAUAACCAAAAGUAUUUUCGAUAUGAUUGUUAAUUUCUCCCUGUUUAUUUUGGGAAGUGUUUGUUGUCAUUCAAUGUUUUUUUAA